AUCAACAACUUCAAUUCCAAUUCCAACAUAGUUUAUGAUGGAGAUGCAAAACCUAUAAAUGAGUCCAUUACAUUCAAUGGUGAUCUUGGUUGGGCCAUUUACACCCAAGACCUCCUCCUUUGUGAUCAUACCAAUUUCAAAACCCACUUCUCAUUUCUCAUGAAAAACAACAACAAUAAUAAUAGCAAUGGAGGAUUGGCUUUUUUCCUUGCUCCAUUUGAAUUCAGCCCACCAUUUAAUUCUUCUCCUCCCUUUCUUGGUCUAUAUAAUUCCACUCAAUUAAUCCAACCAUCUCAAUCCCAAAUCCUCCAUGUAGAAUUUGACACUUUCCCAAACCCUGAAUGGGAUCCCCCAUUCAAACACAUUGGCAUCAACAAGAACUCAAUUUCUUCAUCAAUUUAUUCUCCAUGGAAUUCAACAAAUCAAAAGACCCUUGUGUGGAUUUCUUACAAUUCAACUGCUAAAAAUCUCAGUGUCUCAUUCAACAACAAUAUUUACACAACUCUUUCUCUUCAAAUAGAUCUGAUGGAGAUUCUUCCUGAAAAAGUGACAAUCGGGUUUUCAGCUGCUUUGGUUGAGGAUCUAAGCAUUGAAUAUUGGGAAUUCUCAAGUAAUUUAGAUGGAAAUUAUGAAAAUGAUAGUGAAAAAUCCACAGAUAUGAAUUUAUUAGCAGUUCUAAUAGCUUGGGUUGGUGUUUUUGUAAUAGCAAUCGUUUCCAUAAUUAUAAUUUCUUUUAUCAGAAAGAAGAAGAAAGAUGAUUAUGAAGAACAUGGAGUGAUGAAAUUGGCUUCAAUUUAUUCUGAUUUGAACAAAGAAGAAGCUUUAAAACCAAGGAGAUUCUCUUACACAUAUCUUGCUAUGGCGACUGAUAAUUUUGCAAAGAAAAGAAAAUUGGGAGAAGGAGGGUUUGGGGAAGUGUUUGAAGCUCAUUUGCCUGGUGCUAAUAAAACAGUUGCUGUCAAGAAGAUUUUCAAAAGCUCAAGACAGGUAAAAAGAGAGUACGUUAGUGAAGUCAAGAUUAUAAAUGGGAUGAAGCACAAGAAUUUGGUGCAACUUAUUGGGUGGUGCCAUGAGGGUGAUGAUAGUGAAUUUCUUCUUGUCUAUGAGUUCAUGCCAAAUGGUACUCUCCAUUCUCAUCUUUUUGGAGAUCUCCCUCCUCUCUCGUGGCCAAUCAGGUUCGUUCCAUUUUCCAUUACCACUGUACUCAAAUGUGUUAUAUAUUUUUUUUUUCUAAUGCAAAAAUUAUAUAUCAGUAGUUAUGGAAUGGUUAAUUAUAUUGCAUCAAAAUAGAAUGGCCACAAUAGAAUUAGUCACCUUAAAUAUAAAAUUUUGGCAACCUUUUGAUAACUAUUUUGUUUUAAAGCUAUUGGUUUUUAGAAGUCAAACAUAUUUCCUCUCCAUUUUUUUAUACAAUGAUCAUCUAACUGAUUCGAGUUGAAUUGUCAGUAAGAUAUCAAAAUAAAAACCAGUUUAAAAUUUAUUUGAACUUAUUUACCAUCAUUACAAUUUACUUUUUUUUUCUCUUCUUUUUUUGAGGUUGAUCUUUUUAAGUAAAACAUGGGACGGAGAUGAACCUGAGAGCUCUUGUCCUCAAGAACAAACUAAUUCCAAUUAAAGUAGGUUUAUGUUGGCAAAUUAUUUAAGCGUUUUCAAACAAAACCAUCCCUCAUGUUUGGAAUGAAAAAAGAGAAAGCACUCGACAAUGCUAAGACUCAACCAAAUCCAUUUUCUUUAUCUCACUUGUUUUUUAUUUGAGUCAGCUAUGUUAAUAACCCAAGUUUUA